AUGCCUUCAUCCCCACUUGACACCACCACCGAGCCUGAUGAGCCUGGUCCACCUUUGCUAUUAUCCCCACUGGCUGAGCGCACCCACAGUUCACUCGCCACCAGUCCAUAUGCACCCACACCUGAACCCCCACCUCUCUGCCGAUCUGAAUGCAUCUCUGUGCCUUCCGUUCGCUUACGUGACUACAUCUGCAAUCAGGUCAUGUUGCCCAUCCCUGAUCACUCGUCUUCUUUACUGCCAAGUCCUACUAAAGGUACACGUUUUCCGCUUUGCAAUUAUCUCUCAUAUCAUCGUUAUUCCUUGGCUCACCUUGCUUUCAUUGCAAAAGUCAGUAACAUUGUUGAACCCAGUUCUUAUGAGGUAGCUGCUCCUCACUCUCAUUGGCAAGAGGCCAUGCAGUAUGAAUUGCAGGCCUUGUCCGAUAACCACACUUGGAGUCUUACUCCGUUACCUGCUGGCAAGAAGCCCAUUGGUUGUCGGUGGGUGUAUAAAAUAAAGCUUAAAUCAGAUGGCUAUGUUGAGCGAUAUAAAGCCCGGUUGGUUGCUAAAGGUUUUACUUAG